ACUGACAGCCCAGGCACCAAAGUGUGUGAAGAUCUUCAUUAACCUUCCUCGCUCUAUGGACUUUGACGACGCUGAGCGUAGUGAGGCCACCCAGACCCUGGACCUGGCAGAGGAGGACUUCAAGGACGACGGACUGAUUCCACUGAGAUACGUCAAAUUCCAGAAUGUCCAGAGCGUCACCAUGUUUGUGAAGAACAACCAUGGGGAUGAGGAGACAACGAAAAUCAAUUACCUUACUUUUAUUGGGACUCCUGUACAGGCAACGAACAUGAAUGACUUCAAACGGGUUGUGGGCAAGAAAGGAGAGAGUCACUGAUAAGGAAGAGAGGAGGAGGAGGAGGAGACUGCCCGUAUUGCUGUGACGAUCCCUCCCCGGACUUCCCUCUUGUCUGUCUGCCAAAGCUGCAACUGGGAGGGUUAGGGUCUGCUCCACUGUAACACAACACAGACAAACCAAUGCUGUGUUCCAAAUAGCACCCUAUUCCCUUUUUUUUUUUCAAGUACACUAUGAUCCAGAGGUGUCAGCGGUCAAAAGUAGUGCAUUGUAUAGGGAGUCAUUUGGGACACACCCACGGACCUAACGUUUAUACGAGCUGGUUCUCCUCCGUCUGCCAGUGACGAGGCAACUCGCUCAAUUCAUUCAAAAAAACUUUUUUUUUUUUAAAUUGUAAUUCAGACAAACAAUGUAAAUAAACACAAUCCUUUUUCAAAGGCAAAUUGG